AUCAUGUUUAUGCGUUUGCUGCUGUUCGCGUCGCUUGCCGUGUUGGCAAGUGCCGGCUCCAGGUAUGGCGGCCGCGUGCACAUCGAAGGACUUCCCCUGCACACGGGAUAUACUAACGUUGGCUAUGGAUAUGGACACGGAUCCGGGCACGGGCUAGGAAGUGGCUACGGACUUGGACAGGGAUACGGAUUCGGACUUGGACAAGGAUACGGAUACGGUCUCGGAAAUCUAUACGGAUUUGGAAGACACGGCUUCGGAAACCGUUACGCCAGGCAGGAUGACGACGAUGACAACGAUGAUGGUGAUGAUAAUGCUGAUGAUGGUGAUGAUGGCGAUGACGACGAUGACGACGAUAGCGGUGAUGAUGACGAAGGCGACGAUGGCGACGAUAACAAGGGAGAUUACGGUAAACUGAGACCGUUCUGUGGCAUCUACGGCUGCCGCAGGCUCGGCUACGGACGUCGCCUCCGAUACGGAAACGCGCUCGGAUACGGCCGUAAUUAUGGUAACGGUUACGGUUACGGAUUGGGCGGACGUGUCGCGCACGGUGCCGUCCGAUACAACGGCUACGGUCAUCUUGGUUUCAGCCGCAACCAUCUGACUUACGGCGGACCCGGAUACGGCGGAUAUGGAUACGGUAGACUCGGACACGGUUACCAUUAAACGUGGCAACGUUCCUGUAAACAAUACUGGCUCUUAUAAAGCUACGCGAGUAGCUCGGAUUCCGGAAUGCGAGUAACAUAAUGGAAAAACGUUUUCUAGUUAUAAAAUUGAGUAUUUGAUUUUCUUCUUGUUAAAUCCUCAUCGUGUGAUUUUCUGUGUUUUGGUGUUUAGAACAUGUACGGUUCGCGUCUUGACCUGUGAAAAUAAAUGCACUUCUUUCAUUGCA